AUGUCCCUUGCAGAAUUUGAUGAGAUCAACUUCUCGAACUCCACAGAAAGGCUUGACAGACCUUCAAAUUACCUUUUGAAGCGUGCGAGACGUAAACCCAAUGGGCUCGAAGACUUGCGUAAAUCGUACAACAGUGGGACGGUUUACGUUGGCAUGUUAUCGUUUGAAACCACUGAGGAACGUAUUGACGAACUCUUCUCCAAAGUUGGGUUCAUCAAGCAGAUCAUCAUGGGAUUGGACAGAUUCACGGGUAACUACUGUGGAUUUUGCUUUGUCAUUUAUCACGAUCCACAAGAUGCGGUCAACGCUGUGAAAUACUUGAAUGGUACGAAAUUAGACGGUAGACAGAUCCAAAUAGAUUUGGAUCCAGGGUUUGAAGAAGGAAGACAGUUCGGAAGGGGUAAAAACGGUGGUCAGGCUUCAACAGAGGCUGCAGAAUACUAUGCCAAAUUGCCGCAGAUGGAGAACAUGGCUACUACAAAUUGGAAUAACGUUAGAUUUGGUGCAAGAAGAGUUGAAAAACCACAAACCGAUACUUAUAUUCCAGGUGAAGCAACAAAUUUAUCCCCAACUGUUGAUUGA